AUGAAUUCCGCAAUUUCCUCAUCCUCCGCCUUGAAUGGCGAUAAUAGCGUCUCGUCUAAAUUGUCAACGUCUUCACUGGCCCGGGGCCCUAAAUUGCAGAAUGUUCUCACGUCAGCAUCUUCUGGCAUUGCUGCCAAUAUCAGUGCCGCUUUUUCCGCCUCAUCAGUUCCUUCGAGCGCUAUUACUUCUUCCACAACGACCUUCUUCACUCCUACUACCACUACCGCCACCACUUCAACUACCUCCAACUCCAGUCCUACUUUUGCUCCUCGAAGUAGUUUCUCAAAUGCGUCAAGUCCCAUUGGGACGCCUUACAUGCUUGCUGCCGACAGCGGUCGUGGUCGAUACCUCCCAAACACUUUGGCGUCGCCGGUUCCCCUCGAGCUGGACGAAACGCAUGACAACAUGAUGGCUGUCAACAGUACCCCUUCCGUUCAGCCACAAUCCAUUGAUCAAGUACCAUCUACCGCAAAGGGGACUACGGGCCUUAUGCGUAGAAUCUCUCGCGGUGCCGCAAACAAAUUAACAAGACGUCGUCAAUCUUCUACACAGCGUGAUAAACGAGAGAGGAGCUCCGGCCCUGUCAUCAUGCGAAGGCGAAGUGACAGCAAGGCCCACCCUCGCACCGGUCGGGAGAGCACUUUGGAUUGGAGUUUCGAUGACGAAGACACCGAUGCCUACGAGCCCUUCACCAACGGCUGGACUGGUUCUGAGGCGAAUAGCAUCAGCAGUGAAUUUCCCGGAACUCUCUUGCCUCGUGAAAUCGGUGCUAUCGCUCCAAAGGUCGAUUCAGUGCUACAGCGUGGCACAUUACUCACCAAGGUCACCAAGAAAAAGAAAAAACAAGUACGCUUCUUUUUGGACCUUGAUGCUGCAAAAGUGCGAUGGGAUUUGUCUAAUCCAUCCAAAAAAUUCUAUAUUGAUGACAUUUUACACAUACACGUUGGCGCAGAUGCUCGCAACUACCGUGAAGAGUACCAAGUUUCCGCUGAAGCCGAAAGUAGAUGGAUUACAAUCAUCCUCGACGAUCCUGAUCGCUCAAAGCAGCGACCUUUCAAAGCUAUACACCUCAUUACCCCUGACGAUUAUACUUUAGAACUGUGGAAGGCCACUCUUGAACAUGUUGUUCGCUACAGGGUUGGUCUGAUGACUAGUCUUCUAGGGCCCAGUCAGAAUGAGACCUCUCUGCGGGCUCAUUGGCAGCGUGAAAUGUCGAGACUCUAUCCACAUGGACUGCAACCGGGUGAGACUGAAUCUUUGGAUCUACCUGCUCUUGAGUCUGUCUGCCAGAGUUUGCAUAUCAAUUGCUCCAAGGAUAUGCUUCACACCCAAUUUGCCAAGGCAGACGUUACGGGGAAGGGUAACCUGAACUAUUGCGAGUUUAAGGAAUUCAUUGCUGGUCUGAAAGAGCGGAAAGAUUUGAAGCAUCUAUACAAGCAGCUUGCAGUGAGCAAUCCCGAAGAGGGUCUCAGCCUUGAUGAGUUUCUUGAAUUCCUACGCGACGUUCAACGAGAAGAUAUCGUUCAUGACCGCGAGUACUGGUCAUCGAUUUUUGCACGGGUUGUACGUCGGACUCGUCCCAGGGCACAAAGUCUACCGGACUCUCCGGAUGCCGAUUUACCGCGGAUGAAUUUACAUGCUUUGACAUCAUUCCUCCAGUCUGAGGCAAAUGGCAUCUAUUCUUCUCAUGCUCCCGAGUCUCGCUUUGAUCGCCCUCUAAAUGAAUACAUCAUUUCCAGUUCACAUAAUACAUACCUUCUCGGCCGUCAGGUGGCUGGGGCCUCGAGCACAGAAGCUUACAUUACUGCUCUUCAACAAGGAUGCCGUUGCGUCGAAAUCGACUGUUGGGAUGGCUCUGAUGGUCGCCCUAUCGUUUCACAUGGACGCACUUUGACGACCAGUGUCUUGUUCGCUGAUUGCAUCACUGUCAUCAACCGAUACGCCUUUAUCUCUUCUGAUUUUCCUCUUAUCUUGUCACUAGAAGUUCAUUGCAACCCGGAACAACAAUUUGCGAUGGUAAAAAUAAUGAAGGAGACAUUUGGCGAGCAAUUGGUUCUCGAGCCGUUACUUACCAACUGCAGCAUACUCCCCUCACCAGAAGAGCUGAAAAACAGAAUCUUGGUCAAAGUGAAAACCUGCGACGAGCCUCUGGGUGCUUUCCUUCCUCCUUCAGAUGGCGGCUCGGCUACGCCCAAUUUUCAUCAUGGACGCAAGCGAAGCUCUAGCACUCCGUUCUUGCGCAGCACAGGUUACGAAACCCUCCAUGGUGCUAUCGACAUUCCACUUUCAAGUCCUCCGACACUCGGCCCUCAAUUGGACUCUAGCAUGCCUAUGCCUAUGCUCACCCCAGGAGGCCGCUCAGCAACUACCACUAGCUUGAGCAGUGCCACGGAGGAUAGCGAUAGUGCAUUGAUCAAUGCCAAUAGAGAAAAGAAGCGGCGGCAACGGAGCAAAAUUACCAAGCCAUUGUCUGAUCUUGGUGUUUAUACCCGCGGUUAUAAAUGGCACAGUUUUGCGGCUCCCGAGAGCAAAAAAUACAAUCACGUGUACUCAUUCGCCGAACGAGCUUACGAAAGCGUUUGCCGUGAUGCGGAGAGCAAAGCACUGUUUGAGAUUCAUAACAGACGUUUUCUCACGCGAGUCUACCCGUCUGCCUUCCGUUUGAAGUCAUCCAACUUCGACCCAAUCUCAUUCUGGCGAAGUGGCGUCCAAAUGGCAGCGCUCAACUGGCAGACGUACGAUCUUGGUAUGCAGAUUAAUCAGGCAAUGUUUGCCGCUGGUACCGAUCGUACUGGUUAUGUGCUCAAACCAGAAGCGUUCCGUCAGCCUUCAUCCGCGCUAGAUGCAUUGAGUGAAGGGAAACUCGCUACUACAGAACGGGAAAUUGUUAGAUUAUCUGUUGACAUCAUUUCAGCUCAGCAGCUCCCACGACCAAGAAGUAUGGGGCCAGGCGACAACAUCAACCCGUAUAUUGAAGUUGAGAUGUUUUCGGCUGAUGAUCGCGGCCAGUGCGUUGCUCUUGGAGGUGGUGGGCAGGAUGUAUCGGCUCGUAACGGCAUGUCCGGCUUAGGACUACCACACCGUCGUCGAACUAAGAUCGAGCCAAGCAAUGGGUUUAGUCCAAUCUUCAAUGAGAAGUUGUGGCUGGCCGUUGAGACCAAAUAUCCCGAUCUUGUCUUUAUUCGUUGGACGCUUUACUGCAAAAUUUAG